AUGGGUACAAACCCUUACAGCCUACGGUACAAUGUCGACGGACGCCACGUCCACCAGACAGACGCCACGUCCACCAGACAGACGCCACGUCCACCAGACAGACGCCACGUCCACCAGACGGCCAGCCACGUCCACCAGACGGACGCCACGUCCACCAGACGGACGCCACGUCCACCAGACGGACGCCACGUCCACCAGACGGCCAGCCACGUCCACCAGACGGCCAGCCACGUCCACCAGACGGACAGCCACGUCCACCAGACGGCCAGCCACGUCCACCAGACGGACGCCACGUCCACCAGACGGACGCCACGUCCACCAGACGGACGCCACGUCCACCAGACGGACGCCACGUCCACCAGACGGACGCCACGUCCACCAGACGGACGCCACGUCCACCAGACGGACGCCACGUCCACCAGACGGACGCCACGUCCACCAGACGGACGCCACGUCCACCAGACGGACGCCACGUCCACCAGACGGACGCCACGUCCACCAGACGGACGCCACGUCCACCAGACGGACGCCACGUCCACCAGACGGACGCCACGUCCACCAGACGGACGCCACGUCCACCAGACGGACGCCACGUCCACCAGACGGACGCCACGUCCACCAGACGGACGCCACGUCCACCAGACGGACGCCACGUCCACCAGACGGACGCCACGUCCACCAGACGGACGCCACGUCCACCAGACGGACGCCACGUCCACCAGACGGACGCCACGUCCACCAGACGGACGCCACGUCCACCAGACGGACGCCACGUCCACCAGACGGACGCCACGUCCACCAGACGGACGCCACGUCCACCAGACGGACGCCACGUCCACCAGACGGACGCCACGCCCACCAGACGGACGCCACGUCCACCAGACGGACGCCACGUCCACCAGACGGACGCCACGUCCACCAGACGGACGCCACGUCCACCAGACGGACGCCACGUCCACCAGACGGACGCCACGUCCACCAGACGGACGCCACGUCCACCAGACGGACGCCACGUCCACCAGACGGACGCCACGUCCACCAGACGGACGCCACGUCCACCAGACGGACGCCACGUCGCACCAGCCUGCAGAGCCGCUGAAUUAUUCUUCUCUCCUCCUCGGGUGA